AUGUACUUGGUGUACACCCGAACAUCAAAUGAGCUCAAUGAACCAUCCAGCUGGAGUCUGUACACAGCCCUCGUUGCUUGUGUUGGAGUGGGCAAUGUCUCGCAACUUGCUUGUGAUUUGCUUAUCCACACCCUACAUCUCAAGCCUAUUGCCGCUUUAUACUUCCAGUCUCUUCCUGCAGUGGUUGGCGCUAACCCGUAUUCCAGUCGGUCGACAGCUCCUGUAUUAAUGACUUCACAGGUUUAUGUCAACCACAACCUUCACUUGGUCGUAUUUCAAAUGCGCGCACCUCCGUUUCCUGGAUAUCAAAGAACAUUAAUUCGCGAGUUCUCCAUAUUUCUGAAUGAGUUUCGUUACAAGCGGUUGAUCCUGUUGUCCAGCAGUUUCGCUACGCAAAGAAAGGAUGCUGAGCUUACCGGGUCGCCUGUCAGGUAUUCAUUGACUCCUGAUUACAAUCAUGCUGACCGUGAUGUGCUUGCUGCUCAAAACUGGACCCCGUUAUCUCCGAACCACAAGGAAAACACUUCUUCCCUUGACAAAAUACAGUCGCCGGUUACUCAUCAUCUACGUGGUUGUGGCAUUGCGACUCGUCUAUUCGACCAAAUUGGAACUGUCUCACCGGUCUGUCUGAUAAAUACCUUUGCAUCCGAAGGAGACAACAUCGGAGAUGCAUUGCACCUCCUACAUCGCCUAAGCUUGUGGCUGGAUCUCCUACCCGAAGUAGAUGCGUCGCGACCGACCCACGAAGUCUGGCAUCCUCCCCCAUCUUGGUCUAUGUUGUACGGAACGAGACUUUCCACUUGUUUGUAUUGA